AUGUCUUUCAAAUUCGCAAUGGCAUCUGCGAGGAAUUCCUCGUUACCAAAACAACGUCUCACUCAAGUUCGCCGACAUUUCAGUGCUACAACCUCGGUCAAGCAAGAAAUUCAAGAUGCAUAUAUUUUGAGUGCCUCAAGAACGCCGACGGCGAAGUUCAAUGGCUCUUUCACCACAGUUUCCGCGCCCCAACUCGGCGCAGUGGCAAUCAAGUCCGCCCUCGAGAAAUCCAAAGUCCCCGUUUCCAAAAUCACAGAUGUGUACAUGGGAAACGUCCUCCAAGCCUCCGUCGGCCAAGCACCAGCACGACAAGCUGCCCUCUUUGCCGGUCUUCCAAACACAGUCGAAGCAAUCACCAUCAACAAAGUAUGCGCCUCGGGAAUGAAAGCGGUGGUUUUUGCUGCUCAAAACAUCCAGCUUGGAUUGGCAGAAGCGCAAAUCGCGGGAGGAAUGGAGAGCAUGACCAGGACACCUUUAUAUGUCCCAAGAGCAAGUGGUUUGCCAGCAUUCGGAAAUGUUACGAUGGAAGAUGGGUUGACCAAGGACGGCUUGACCGACGUUUAUAACAAAUUCCAUAUGGGCGUAUGUGCCGAGACUACGGCCAAAAAGUACGACAUCACAAGGGAAAUGCAGGAUGAAUAUACCAAGCUCUCAUAUUCAAGGGCUCAGGAGGCUUGGAAGACUGGCGCUUUCGCCGAGGAAAUUGCGCCAGUAACGGUCAAGGGACGAAAGGGAGAUACCAUUAUUGAUACUGAUGAGGGAUACAUGGAUGUCAAGUUUGACAAACUAGCUACUCUGAAGCCUGCAUUCGUCCGAGAUGGAACGGGAACCGUUACAGCCGCGAACUCGUCGACGUUGAAUGAUGGAGCGAGUGCGCUAGUAUUGGGAAAUAAGGCAAUCGCAAAACAAUACGGGAAAGAUUCAAGGGUUCUUGCUAGAAUUUGUGGAAGCGCCGAUGCAGCAAUAGAUCCAGUAGAUUUCCCUGUUGCGCCAGCAAAGGCGGUACCACUUGCAUUAGAGCGAGCAGGUGUGAAGAAGGAGGAUAUUGCGAUUUGGGAAUUUAACGAAGCUUUUGCUGCAGUGAUUAAGGCGAAUGAGAAGAUCCUCGGGCUUGAAGGCGCAAAAGUCAACCCAUUAGGUGGUGCCAUCUCCCUCGGCCACGCUCUUGGUAGCUCGGGUUCACGAAUCCUCACAACACUUCUACAUCAACUGAAAGUAGGCGAAUACGGUUGCGCUGCUAUUUGCAAUGGAGGAGGAGCGGCUACUGCGAUCGUGGUGCAGAGAAUUGAUAGCGAGAGUCUAUAG